UAAAGUGAUAAAAAUAGCCGUACCGUUGCAAGCUGGAACAUGUAGUGAUACUACAGUAUUUGUUCGAUCGCCGGACAGUAUUUAUUCAGAGCGGUAGGCGUAGCUGACCAACGAAGAAGAUAUUAUAAACAACAGUGCACGAUAUUGGUGAAUAAAUCAGAAUGCCGGGUACAAAGCGUAAAGCCUCGUUUGCAUUUCCGUAUGAGCGCCCAAGCAAGAUUACCAAGAGGACUAGCAGUACAACAGUUUCCAGGACAUUAAGUACAAUCACCAAAAAGACUUCUGUUGUUAAACCACCAUUAAAAAUGCCAAAGUUUCCAUCGCUACGAGCAAGCAAAAUGGAUAAUAUUACUGAGGAGUCUGCAUCCGCUCCCCUGUCAGACGAUGGCGGGUCACCAACUCCACCAGCUCUACGUCGUGCCUCAACAUUGACAUUAGAUGACGACAGUACAAGAGAUUCAGCUAAAACUGCAUUAACUAAACGAAAGUCGUCGGCAUCUAAACCUGCAUCCCUUUCUAAGAAAUCAAGCAGUUUUGUAGAAGAGGGUGCUCUUGUAACAAAGUUAUCAGGGCUUCGCUCUGGUUCUAUCGUUGGAGAAACAUCUUUAGCUGCCUCAACGUCCAUGACUAAAAUGCCCAGUGUAUCUAAGUCAUUGUCUCGAAAAUCAUCAAGUGUUAAAUCUACUGAUAGCUCAUCUAGAAUACCAUCACUGCCAAGCGGUUUAACCAAACUUGCACUACCAAAAAGUGGUUCUAAAAGCGGAAGUCUUCAUAUUUCUAAAUCGACCCUGGUAUCAGAUAUUGACGAGACUGAAAUGAGUUCAGCCCUGGAUAGUUUAAAAACUCACCUUUCUAAAGAAGGGUCGACGAAAGGCUCCAUGUCAAAGUCUGCAUCCGUACGGUCAACAUUCUCAGUAAAGAAAACCACUGAAUCAGAUAAAGGAGAAGAUAUGGACACUACAACGGCUGGUCCUUCUUCAGAUGGGUUAAUGGAGGUUGCAAUCUCGUUUGAUACAACUGGUUCUAUGUACGGCUGUCUGGAGGAAGUUAGAGCUAAAGUGCAAGAUCUUGUUCAACGUUUGCAGACAGACAUCCCAGGGAUUCGUGUUGCCGUUAUUGCACAUGGUGAUUACUGUGAUGAAUCUAACUAUGUCAUUAAGUGGAUAGACUUUGGCGCAACUUUGCCAGAAAUAUGCGACUUUGUGAAAAACGUUGGUCGUACUGGAGGAGGAGAUGGUCCGGAAUGCUAUGAGCUUGUGCUACAAAGAUCACGUGAGGUACUGUCGUGGACAGAUGGUAGCAAACGCAUACUAGUUAUGAUCAGUGAUGACGUUCCGCAUGAGCCUGGGUACACUUAUGGUGGUAAAACGUAUUAUAUCAACUGGAGGGAUGAAUGUGCAGCUCUCAAAGAAAUGGGUGUGAAGGUAUAUGGAGUUCAAGCAGGAUAUGGAGGCACAGCAGCAACACACUUCAACGAUGAGAUGGCUAGGAUUACCGGAGGAAAGCGAUUGAGUUUAAAGAACUUCAGUUGCAUAUUUGACGUGCUGAUGAUGAUAUGUUACCGUGAAGGAAAUCCGGAAAUGCUUGCGAUUUACGAACAGGAAAUUAUAGACAGAGGAGAACGGAUGGCAGAGGAUAUUACCUCACUUAAGAAAACAUUCGAUAUGGCUUCUACAGUGACGUCAGCUGUAACUCAUACAACGAAACGUGUUGGUAAAAUAGGGGCUGCUAAAGUAAAACGUGCAGCUAAAAAGUUAAAACCAAAAGCUGAUAAGAUAAAAGUGGCAAGUACGGCUUUGAAGAAAAACAAGACGAAGAUCGGGAAGAAGACAGGACCAAAGAAACAAAUAAAGGGAACACACAAAACUGUGACUGUUAAAAAGAGGGAAAAUCUCCCGGACUCCUGUAUGAAUAAAGACGCGUUGAAAAACUUAACUUGGACAAAAUGGAUUUGUGGAGUAGAACCAAAAAUGCCAACUAACAAACAAAAAUCUAAAUUUGAGAAACUACGCACUAAUCAAGGAUAUGGACCAAAAUCAAUAUUUGAUGGCAAUUACAAGCUUCCUGCUAUUUAUGAAUUUGCAGUGCAGAUUCCUGGUUCCCGAAAGAAGUAUGUUGUUUACUUCCGUAUGUCAAAAGGAGGAUUUAGACGCAGUGGACUUUGGGCUACAAACUUAUUACGUCAUAAGAAAGUGCGACAAGAGGUUAACAGUGUAUUAAAUCAGGGAUGUUCCAUAUACAUUAGAAGGGGAGUACCGAAAGCAAAAGCAACUGGCAAGAAAAGAAGUCAGAUGCAGUCGGCAAAUGAUUAUAUCAGAGAUAAUUUUGAUUAUGCAUGGAAGAAAUAUAUAUGGAGGCGGAGUGAAGAUGCAGUGUCAAAAUUUGGACUUAAACAUAGACUUAUAAAAUUGACAAGAAAGGGAAACACCUUUACCAUAUCUGAUAAUAAAACGUAAGCAUAUGUGACUUCAUUAAUGCCUGUAGUGUGAACAUUUCAUUUGUUUCCACAUGCAUGUAUAGUGUUUUGUCAAAAUAGACGGCUAGUAGUUUUAAAUAGUAAUGUUUUACAUACAUUAUUUGCAAGGAUAUUGGAUGAAGACAUUAACUUGAUUUGUAUAAUGUAUUUUGUUGUUGUUUUUUCCGUUUUUCGUUUAUUUUGUAUUGUUGUGACUUAUUCCGUCUGUGAUAUUUCAUCUUAAGAUUUAAGAUAUAUCUUAAUAUUAAAACUGUAAAUUUUACCAAAGCACUUACUGAAACAAAGUUUUAUUUUG